CUUGCAGGCUGUCUCUGUGCAGUAAUGGUAUCCGUCCCCCCAAAGGUUGAAAUUGAAAUUGGACAAGAGGCAGUCUUAAAGUGUACACCGAAGUUCAGCGGCUCGCCGAAGUACAGCGUAGAGUGGUCUUUUAUAAAUCAGGAAGUGACUCGAGUCCGUAUCGCUACCUAUAAUGAUGGACGCACAUCAGUUGAGCAGGGAACAGACUUCACCAAUCGAGUGGCAGUUAAAAGUGACAACAGCCUGGUGAUCAAAGAUGUCCGUGUCAAAGACGAAAGCACAUUCUACUGCAGGGUGACCUCUGUUGGCGAGGGGAAUGGUGAGGGCAGCACUGAGCUGAAAGUCUAUGUGUCCCCUGCAGCACCAGAGCUUACAGUAAAUUCACAACUAUUAUCAAUCACGGAGGACGAAGAAUCAGAGGUUGGAACCUGCAUCAGCCGGAACUCCUAUCCAGCUCCAGCCAUUGAGUGGUACAGGAACCAGGUUCCUCUGAAUCCUGGAACUGAAAAGGGAUCAGGUUUAUAUGCUACUGCCCGCACAACGACGAGUCUUCUGCCUUGUACACCGUGUCUAGUACACUCUUUCUGAAACCCCAAAAAGAAGACGCUGAUGCUAUGUUCUCCUGCAAAGUUGUGUUUCCUUUGCCAGGUGGUGGUACCAGUCAGAUGGAGUCAAAGGAGUUUAAACUGAAUUUACACUAUUACACUGAAAAUGUAACUUUUACGGUGUCACCAGUGGGCCCCGUUAAGGAGGGCGACAAAAUAACCCUACACUGCGAGGGUGAUGGGAAUCCGUCUCCUACCUACCUUUUGCAGAGAGUGAAGGGUAAAGCAGAGGAGGAAUUAGAGUCUAGUUCCGAUGGAGUUUACAUGUUUCGGAAUAUAUCUCGGAGUGACUCUGGGACUUAUCGCUGUGAAGCUCUGGAUUUUGAUAGCCCUCCAGAAUUUGAGCUGUUCAGGAAUUUAGAAUUGUUUGUGCACUAUCUAAACCCUGUGACUGUCAUCCCAGCAGAAAGAGAGGUUAAGCGUUUACUCAAGGAAGAUGUCCAAUUGUUCUGCUCCUGUGAUGGCUCAGAAAAUCCUGAUCUCCUUUGGAAGAAGGGUGAUGAUGUUCUCUCCAAAACUAGCAGAUAUAGAUUGAAAGAAUUGUCAUAUUCUCACUCUGGUGUCUAUACUUGUGAAGCUAAUGUUCCCUCAGUGCCAGGACUACGCAAAGAGCAGAGUAUCACUAUCGUAGUGGAAGGCCCACCGGAACUGGACCCGGAAAACCAUCAGGUUGAAGUAGAAUCAGAAGGACACCCUGUGACGUUAUCCUGUAAAGCAAAAGGAAACCCAGUACCUAAAAUAACCUGGAAUCAACCAGAUCUGAAGGUGUCUGAGUCCUUCACUGACCCUGGAAGUACUAAGUAAGGUCUCCUUCAAGUUCAAUUCCAAGACAAUGAACAACAUUUCCUGCAGUGCAGAAAACCGCCUUGGAAUGAGAAAAAAUAACUUCACACUGAGCAUGUAUGUGCCUCCAAGUGUGUCACCAGCUCAAGAACAGACUGGUGGCAGCAGCACAGCCAUAAUCGCAGUCGUUUGUGUGCGUCCUCCUCCUGCUUCUGGUCGUUGCCCUCUUCUAUUUCCUACAGAAGAAAGGAAAGUUGGCCUGCGGACGGUCAGAGAAACAGCCACUAGCCCAGGAUCCCGCUUCAGCUGAGCUCGCCGUGGAGUUAAAGUCGGAAAAACGGAAUGACCAGCGUGGACUGCUGGGUGGAGGAGGAGGAGGCGGGACGGCUGCAGAGGUUA